AUGUCUCCUAGUGCAGAUAAUGAAGGCUUCGAGGUCGGCAUGAGCGGAUGCGAUGAUAGUAGCCGCGAUAACAUCGUUGAAAACGUGGUCAUUGUCGGCGCCGGCCCUGCAGGAUUGACACUGGGAUCAAAUCUCGCUCGGUAUGGCAUCAGGUCAAAAAUCAUAGAUGAUAGGGAUGAUAAAACUUCGACGGGACGAGCAGAUGGCCUUCAACCAAAAACGAUAGAGACUUUUCGCCAAUUUAGGCUGGCAGAUCCCCUUCUUCAAAAAGGCGUCAAGAUUUACGAUAUGUGUUUCUGGAGUUCUACAUCUACUACGGCCUUGCACAGGACCAGGAGAGAAGUCCACUACCCUGACCAAGUGGAUGUCAAGGACCCUUUCAUCCUUCUUGUUCAUCAAGGCAUGGUGGAAGACAUUUUCAUUGAAGAUAUGAAGGAGCGAGGGAUUGAAGUCACCAGGAGUUCACCAUUUAUCCGGUACAAGACCAAAGACCAGCCAGAUUCCCCCAUAGAAGCCAUUUGCGAAAAUAAGAAGACAGCGUCCAAUUACUCAAUCAAGACUACGUAUCUGGUCGGUUGCGAUGGCGCCCACUCAAAUGUCCGAAAGGGUAUUCCUAGCGCGCAAAUGGUAGGGGAGAGUAGGAAUUCCAAGUGGGGAGUUAUUGAUGGUGUGAUUGAAACCGAUUUCCCGGACCUUUGGAGCAAGGUUGUCAUUCACUCCGAAACCGCAGGAACCGUCCUAUGCAUUCCUCGGGAGAGGAACAUGACCAGAUUGUAUAUUGAGCUAGAUCGCUCGUUGACAGAUAGUGUACCAGCUCAAGCUACGCAGGAACACAUGAUGAAGAAAGCGCAAGAGAUCAUGUUCCCUUUUUCCGUCACUUGGACUAGUAUUGAAUGGUUUAGUGUGUACAACGUCGGUCAACGGGUAGCUAGCACCUUCACAGACGAGAGCGAGCGAGUGUUCAUUGCAGGAGACGCUGCGCAUACGCAUUCUCCAAAAGCCGCUCAAGGCAUGAACACGUCAAUGCACGACGCAUUCAAUCUUUCAUGGAAGCUUAAUCUCGCAGUCCGCGGCCUCUCAAAACCGAGCCUUAUCUCCACGUACCAACACGAGAGACGGAAGAUCGCCCAAGACCUGAUCGACUUCGACUUCGAACACGCGGCCGCCUUUGUUGGUGGUGACUCCAAGGCUCUCGCCGAGAACUUCGCAACAAAUAUCGGCUUUAUUUCUGGUGUAGGGGCCAAAUAUGCCCCAAACAUCCUUAACGUCCCUGAAGAACAUCCCAGAGGGGCAUUGCGGGCGGGUCAAUUGGUGCCACCCGCCCAAGUCACCCGCUACAUCGAUGCAAACCCGGUCGAUAUUCAGCUCGAUAUUCCCAUGUUGGGCCAAUUCAGAUUAUAUUUCUUCGUGUCAGACAUUCACUUGUCUGCACACUUUCUCUCUGCAGUUUGCUCCCAUAUCUCAUCCACAGAUUCGGUGCUGGGACGCUCUACGUUGACGGCGGCAAAGUCCUACGCGGCUCUCCAUCUCCCACCCGUUGAGGCCGACCAAUUCAUCCAGCCGAGCCGCUAUACCGCAGCUUCCCAGCUAUUCAGUUUUGCCACCGUGACGGAGAUGGAGAAGUCACGCGUUGAGAUUGCACACCUGCCAUCCCUGCUGCAGAAGAGCCGGUGGACAUUCUAUCUCGAUGAUCUGAGAGACUCGAAGAGUGGCCUAACAUGCACGGAGAAAUGGCUGGGCAGUGUCGCUGGCAAUCAAGUUGCUGUUGUGAAUGUCAGGCCUGAUGGGUAUGUUGGGAGUAUAGGGAGAUUUGAUUGUGGCGAGGCUGUGACCGCUUGCCACUGGUUAGAUGCGUAUUAUGAAGGUUUUUUGAAAGGAUAG